AUGUCCGCGAGCGAGGUUUGUUCGUCCGCGUGCAACUUGUCGCCGGUGACGUCAUGUCCGACAACAGAAUGUCUGCAGCCGACUCCGGACGGCUCCGGAUUUACAGAUGUGAAUGAUGAUCUCAAACUUUCCAGUUAUUAUAAGUUGCGGGAACGACCUCGGUUACAUUUGUCAGUGUGGUUGGCGCAAACGCGUCAGUGUUGGUGCGGAGUGCUGCAGCCGCACUGCACACUCUGGAGAUCGGCCGCGGCUCUGUUUCAUGCAACAGUUAGUUCCGCUCCCUGCGAUUGUCACUGUGCCUGUCACUACGCCAGUGACUGUGCCUGUCACUGCGCCAGUGACUGCGCCAGUGACUGCGCCAGUGACUGCGCCAGUGACUGUGCCUGUCACUGCGCCAGUGACUGCGCCAGUGACUGCGCCAGUGACUGCGCCAGUGACUGUGCCUGUCACUGCGCCAGUGACUGCGCCAGUGACUGUGCCUGUCACUGCGCCAGUGACUGCGCCAGUGACUGCGCCAGUGACUGCGCCAGUGACUGCGCCAGUGACUGUGCCUGUCACUGCGCCAGUGACUGCGCCAGUGACUGCGCCAGUGACUGCGCCAGUGACUGUGCCUGUCACUGCGCCAGUGACUGCGCCAGUGACUGUGCCUGUCACUGCGCCAGUGACUGCGCCAGUGACUGCGCCAGUGACUGCGCCAGUGACUGCGCCAGUGACUGUGCCUGUCACUGCGCCAGUGACUGCGCCAGUGACUGUGCCUGUCACUGCGCCAGUGACUGCGCCAGUGACUGCGCCAGUGACUGCGCCAGUGACUGUGCCUGUCACUGCGCCAGUGACUGCGCCAGUGACUGCGCCAGUGACUGCGCCAGUGACUGUGCCUGUCACUGCGCCAGUGACUGCGCCAGUGACUGUGCCUGUCACUGCGCCAGUGACUGCGCCAGUGACUGCGCCAGUGACUGCGCCGAGCGCUCACUUUUCUAA